UUGUUAAUUUCAUCUUGUACUUAAUGGUAAUUAUACAAUAGGAUAGUGAAGAUAUUUCAUAUUUAAAGUAUAAGUUGGGUGUAGAAAAGAGUUAUAUGAGUUCAAAUUAAAUUUCCCAUAUAUAAAAAAUGUGAUUUGCCUAACAUUUUCUAUCAUUUAAAUAUAUAAAGUAUAUGCAUAUCGCUUUUUACUGCAGUGGCACAAGAAUGAGGAUUGGAUCCUCUUUGCGAGGAUCCUGGAGAUUCUCCAAUCACGUCAGUUCAUCAUACAUCGUGCGGUUAUAAAUCAUUGUAAUUUUUUAUAUUUAAAAUUGAAUAUAAACAGUAUUUGACGAAAACUAACUGUAUGAUGUACGAUAAACAGAUGUGAUUGGAGGAUCCGGAGAGGAUCCUUAUUCAUGGCACAAAGCACUUAUGUUUAUGCACUCUGAAACCGGAGAGGAGAAGGAGAAGGUUGCGGGGUAUGCACACAGGAGUCGCCGACAGGAAGGUGAGAUAAUAUACGAGACAGAUAUCAAAGUACCAGUAGAUUUUGGGGAGAUAGGUGCUAUUUUGGUAGAGAAUGAGCACCACAAGGAGAUGUUUCUCAAGGAAAUUGUCGUCGAUGGCCUCCCAUGUGGCUCUGUUCAUCAUAGCUGUAAUUCUUGGAUUCACUCCAAGUAUGACAAUCCUGAAAAGAGGGUCUUUUUCACAAACAAGUCAUACUUGCCAUCUCAAACACCAAGCGGGUUAGUGAGGCUAAGAGAAGAGGAGCUCUUGACUUUGCGAGGGAAUGGCCAAGGAGAGCGGAAGAGCUUUGAGAGGAUAUAUGACUAUGAUGUUUACAACGAUCUUGGUGAUCCUGAUAAGAAUUUAAGACUCCAAAGACCAGUACUUGGUGGCAAAGAAUUCCCGCAUCCCAGACGUUGCAGAACUGGACGACCACCAUGUGACACAGAUCCGUUGUCGGAGAAAAGGAGCAGAAAACAUUGGUACGUUCCUAGAGAUGAAGCCUUCUCAGAGGUAAAGCAGCUAACAUUUUCAGCAAAGACGUUGUACUCUGUGAUGCACGCAUUGGUACCAUCGCUGGAGAUGGCGAUUGCCGACACUAAUCUUGGCUUCAAGUACUUCACGGCCAUAGACUCACUUUUUCACGAGGGGAUUCACUUGCCUCCCUUCAAGGAACAAGGGGUUCUCAAAGCCCUGCUUCCCAGGCUAGUCAACGUUAUGGCUACUGGAGAUGACGUUUUACGUUUUGUACCCCCAGAAACGAUGAAUAGGGACAAAUUCUUUUGGUUUAGGGACGAGGAGUUUGGUAGGCAGACUCUUGCAGGUCUCAACCCAUACAGCAUCAAGUUGGUGACGGAAUGGCCAUUGAAGAGUGAACUGGACCCAGCGAUAUAUGGCCCGCCUGAAUCAGCUAUCACCAAUGAAAUAAUUGAGAGAGAAAUUGGAGGUUUCGCAACCAUUACUGAGGCCAUCAGAGAAAAGAAGUUGUUUAUUUUAGAUUAUCAUGAUUUGUUUUUACCCUAUGUGAGCAAAGUAAGAAAGCUCGAAGGUACCACACUAUAUGGAUCGAGGACUUUGUUUUUUCUUACCCCAGAAGGCACACUCAGGCCACUGGUCAUUGAGCUGACAAGGCCACCAAUGGACGGAAAGCCACAAUGGAAGCAAGUUUUCCAACCGGCGUGGAACUCCACGGAUGUCUGGCUCUGGAGGCUUGCUAAAGCUCAUGUCCUUGCCCACGAUUCUGGUUAUCAUCAGCUUGUUAGUCAUUGGCUUCGAACACACUGUGCCACAGAACCCUACAUAAUCGCCACAAAUCGACAACUGAGUGUCAUGCACCCAAUCUAUAGAUUGUUACAUCCCCAUUUCAGAUACACUAUGGAGAUUAAUUCUCUUGCUCGUGAUUCACUCAUCAAUGCUGACGGCAUCAUCGAAACCUCAUUUUCUCCCGGAAAGUACUCCCUUGAGCUUUGCUCUAUUGCCUAUGGGAAGGAAUGGCGGUUUGACCAAGAGGCACUCCCAGCAGACCUUAUUAGAAGGGGCAUGGCUGUUGAGGACCCAACUGCUCCACAUGGCCUAAGGCUAACAAUUGAAGACUACCCUUUUGCCAAUGAUGGUCUCCUCUUAUGGGAUGCAAUUAAACAAUGGGUCACUGACUACGUAAACCACUACUACCCCGACUCCAUCCUUGUCCAGACUGAUGAAGAGCUCCAAGCAUGGUGGACAGAAAUCAAAACAGUUGGCCAUGCAGACAAAAAAGAUGAGCCAUGGUGGCCAGAACUCAACACUCCGGAAGACCUAAUGGGCAUCAUCACAACAAUGGUUUGGGUCGCAUCUGGUCACCAUGCAGCUGUCAACUUUGGCCAGUAUGCCUAUGGAGGUUAUUUUCCUAACAGGCCAACAGUUGCAAGGACCAAUGUGCCCACUGAGGACCCCUCAGAAGAGGAUUGGAAAAAUUUCAUAAAAAAGCCUGAAAGUGCACUUUUGCAAUGCUUUCCUUCACAAAUCCAAGCAACAAGAAUCAUGGCUGUUUUGGACAUUUUGUCGAAUCACUCACCGGAUGAAGAGUACAUUGGAGAGAAGAUGGAGCAGGCGUGGGCUGAAGAGCCCGUUAUAAAGGCGGCAUUUGAACGGUUUAAAGGGAGGUUGUUGGCGCUGGAAGGAUCUAUCGAUGAUCGAAAUGCCAAUAGUGAGUUGAAGAACCGACAUGGAGCUGGGGUUCUGCCUUACGAGCUUUUGAAACCCUUUUCUCAACCUGGGGUUACCGGAAAGGGAGUUCCAUAUAGCAUCUCUAUUUGAACUAGGAACUUUCUUGUGUGUUUUUGGUCCUUACUCUUUAUCUUUCUUUUUGUCUUUCGUUUGCAUAUAUAGUUUAACUCAUAUGACUUCUGACAAUGAUAUUAUCAAGCUUUCUCCACAAUUAUGCAAUGUAGAAAGCUGGAACUGAUUUGUUUUAGUAGCAAUAGUUUAAGGAAUAAAAAGUGCUUGUAUACUUUGAUAUA